GGUCGUGGUCUGAAAAAUGGAGGCCUGUGCUGCAGUGGAACGGGAAAUCGACAGAGUUUUGUCAAAAUUCACAUCCCUCCAUAACCACAGCCAGCGAACUGUUGAAGAACUAAGCACUUCCAUUGAAAGUUUACGUCGAGAACUUAAUGAGGUUACAGAGGACCAUGAACUGACUCACACACAGUCCAUGAUCCUGUCACAGAGCGUCAAGAGGAUCCGAGAUGCCGUGUCAAGACUCAGCACAGAGCACAAGGACCUGCACGGAACUGUCUCCAAAGUGGGGAAAGCUAUAGAUCGGAACUUUGUGUCCGACUUCUCUGCGAUAACCACUGAGGGAGCUUUUGAUGGUGAGGACAAGCAGAAGCUUCUGAAUGAGGUCGUGUGUGAGCACUUCCUGCGACAAGGCAUGCUGGACAUUGCUGAAGCUCUCAAUGAGGACGCAGCGCUUCAGCUUGAUGGAGACAGGAAGGAACCAUUUCUGGAGCUGCAUAGAAUUCUUGGAGCCCUUAAGCUGAGAGAUCUACGACCAGCUCUUGGCUGGGCGGAGGCUAAUCGAGACCGUCUGCUCCAGAAGAACAGCUCCCUGGAGUUCAAGCUGCACCGUCUGCAGUUCAUUGACCUCCUCCGACAGGGCCCGGAACGCCAGAAGGAGGCUUUGUGGUAUACACGCAACUUCUCACCGUUUGCACAUCAACAUGCAAGAGAGUUACAGGCCCUGAUGGGAAGUCUCCUGUACCUGAGACAAGGAGUGGAGAACUCUCCAUACUCUUCCCUGCUGGACCCCAUCUACUGGGAGGAAAUCUGUGACGUCUUCACACGUGAUGCAUGUUCCCUCAUGGGGCUGUCUGUUGAAAGCCCUCUCAGUGUCAGUAUUCGAGCCGGCUGCAAGUCACUGCCUCCCCUGUUGAGUAUACGACAAGUUAUGCAACAGAGACAGGUCACUGGGGUUUGGACUAACAUUAGUAACAAGGAUGAGUUGCCGGUUGAGAUAGACUUGGGUCCUGAGUACAGGUACCACUCCAUUUUUGCCUGCCCCAUCCUUCGCCAACAAGCUACGGAAAACAACCCCCCAGUCAGGCUGGUGUGUGGCCACGUGAUCUCACGUGACGCCCUCAACAAACUCUCCAAUGGAAACAAUGUGCUUUAUUCCAGAGUGAAGUGUCCAUACUGUCCGAUUGAGCAGCUGCCUGCCGAAGCCAAGAGUAUUUUCUUUUGAUCUCAUUGUUUGGUUGUACCAUAACCUACGGAGUUGUCUCCCCUGUACAAUUAGAUGUAGAGUAAUCUCCCCUGAUCCCAGCAGCAGCAGCAGCACCUCACAGUGUUAACAUAUUGGCAGUUGGGGAUAAAAAGGCCCACCUUUAUCAGCAGCAGAAGUCUGAUAUUCAGAUAACUUAAUCUUAAGUGCAGUAAAACAUUCUGUUGCUCCACUCUGACAACGUAUGUACAAGUUUCAAAACAUUUAUUUGAUCAGGCUUUGAGAAAUAUGUUUUUUCAGGUAGGUAGUGUUAUAUAUAAUUACAUAUGUACAUAAAAUUUUGAAAAAUUGCUAGACAACUGCAAAACAUUAAAGAUUGCUUUUGCAGAUAUUCUGUCAAUUUCUGUACCUGUAUUCUAUUCACGAUAAAAUAUUUUACUGACCUCAUGUUGACUUCAAGGCAAGCAGACCACAACAUUAUAAUAUUACUAGUCCUGAUCAACAUUUGAUGGCAUUUGCCUGGUGAACAAGACGGUUAGCAUUUUUCUCUUUUGCCCCCAAACAUCUUUGGCUAAAAAUAAUGAAUGGUUCCUAUACACAUUCAAUUGA